AUGCUGUCCGCGUUCAAGGCCCAGCCCAUCUACGAGGUGCGCACGCGCGACAAGGCCAAAGUCGAGUCGCUGCUGGCUUACGGCGACCGCAUCCUGGCAGGCCUCAGCACGGGCGCCCUCCGCGUGCUCCUCGUCAAUGACCCAUCCAAGACGAAGUUGGUCGACGUGCUGCGCGAGGAAGAUAAAUUCAGCAAGAAGCCCGUGCAACAGCUUGCUAUCGUAAAGGAGGCCAACCUACUCGUCAGUCUGAGCGACGCGUACGUGUCCCUGCACGAUCUGAACACGUACGAGCUCGUGGAGCGUUUGGAGCGCACCAAGGGUGCCGUCUGCUUCGCCGUCACCAGCAAUGUGGUCAAGGACCCCGAAACCCACGUUCCCGGCCUCGUGUCUAGGCUUGCGGUGGGCGCCAAGCGCAAGAUCCUAUGCUGGAUGUGGCAGGAUAUGGAGCUGUUGCCAGAUGUGGCUGAGAUCAGCCUAGAGGCUAGCAUCAAGAGCUUGAUAUGGGCUGAUGGCACGCACUUGGUUGCUGGGAUGGAUCCUGGCUUUAGCACAAUUGAUAUUCUCACCCAACAAGUGGUACCAAUCAGCAAGCGCACCGCCAAUGCGGCAACCGAUGCAGGCUCCGGUGAGCUUGCAGGUGUGCGCUUUGGUGCAGUCAGUAGCAGCGGCAUGGGUUACAUGGGAAUGGGAAGCUGGGUGCCAAAACCGAUGGCCACAGGCUUGUCUCGAGAUCAAGUCCUCCUGGCCAAGGACGUCAAUACCCUAUUUGUAACCAUCGAUGGCAAGCCGCUUGAGAAGCGUCAGGUGCCUUGGGCUCUCGCGCCAGAGCAGAUUGGCUUCAGCUAUCCAUAUCUCCUAGCACUUCAGCCGCCCGACAAAGGUACCUUACAGAUACGAAAUCCAGAGACUUUAUCCUUACUACAGACCAUCAGCGUUCCUGGCGCGACCAUCUUGCAUGUGCCACAGCCGUAUAUCAGUCUGGCUCAUGCUGGCAAGGGCUUUCUGGUUGCCUCCGAACGUACCAUCUGGCGCAUGAAUGCACUGCCUUAUCCCUCGCAGCUGACUGAGCUCGUCUCAAAGCAGCGUUUCGACGAGGCCGUAAGUCUGCUAGAGCUACUGGAGGAUACAUUGAUCGAUGACAAGGCUGGACGCAUACGAGAAAUUAUGACGCAGAAAGCCAUCGCGCUUUUUCAUCAGCAGAAAUACCUUGCGGCGCGUGACCUCUUCACAGAUGCGCAGACCACACCAGAGCGUGUCAUCGCCCUCUACCCACGUAGCAUUGCGGGGGAUCUCUCGUCCUUGACAGAGGAUGCAAGCGAGUCAGAAGCUGCCGAUACCACUGAACAAAAAGCCGAAGAUAGCGCUAGACUCGUCCCGGUCACACCUGUAAAAGGCAUGUUUGGCAAGCUGACCGGUAGUCACAAGAAGGUGGAUUCAGAUGUUGCUUCAAUCCGGUCUUCCACGCGUGCCGACGCUGAUAACGCCAGCAGUCGUACCAAAGCCGCUGGAGUUCCCGACAAGCCAUUAGAAGGAGAUGACCUCAAAAGCGCAGCGAGAGCUCUUGUAGGGUUCUUGGCCGACUCCAGAAGACGUGUCCCCAACUACUUGGACUACGAUGGUACACUGAAAGAAAAUCCACCGACUUUCGACAGUGAAACCGGGAAGCCGUCUUUUAGCAAUUUGCUUGCGCCAGAGCUUCUCGACAAGAACAGAGAGGAGGUCGACUGGCAAGCAGAGCUGCUGAAGGUUGCCAAGCUCGUCGACACCACACUGUUUCGUGCCUAUAUGCUUGCCACACCAAGCUUGGCGGGAUCUCUUUUCCGUAUCGACAAUUUCUGUGAUCCAGAUGUGGUACAGUCGGCGCUCUAUGAAGGCGAACGAUAUAGUGAACUGAUUGACUUCUUGCAUGGAAAGAAAUUGCAUCGCCAAGCGCUGGAGCUACUGGCCAAGUUUGGCAAGGGACAGGCAAGCGGUGCGAUACCUGAAGCAAUGCGUGGACCGCAGCGCACUGCAGCCUAUCUCAAACAGCUCCCACCCGAGCUCGUAGAUCUCAUCCUCGAGUACGCGCGAUGGCCACUUGAGGAAAGCCCAGAGAUAGGCAUGGAUAUUUUCGUUGCUGACACUGAUAAUGCUGAGCGGCUCCCGCGUCAGCAGGUUCUUCGGUUCCUUGCUGAAAGCGACGAGAAGCUGGAAAUCCAAUACCUGGAGCACAUUAUCAACGAGCUUGGCGACAACGGCGGAGAGUUCCACCAACGCUUGAUAGACCUGUACCUUGCCGAACUUAAGAAGUCCGACAUUGCUGAUACGUAUCGUGAUGGCCUCCAAACAAAGCUCGAAAACUUCCUACUCAGAAGCUCCUCGUACAAUAAGCGCAAAACUUUUCAACAGCUUCCCCAUGACUCUUCAUUAUUCUUUGAGUCUCGCGCCAUCGUGCUGGGCGCAAUGGGCAACCACAAACAGGCGCUGUCCAUUUACGCCUUCAAGAUCAAGGACUUUUCUAAGGCAGAAGAAUACUGCAACAAGAUUUACAUGGAAGACAGGGCUGAACAGGAAGCGUGCCUCUUGGAUAGUACUUCCAAGCAUGAGAAACGCUUUCGUCAAGUAGAGCCCACCGAGACGGACGACAAAUCGAAUAUAUUCGCCGUCCUCCUCGGUCUUUGUCUUCGACCUCCUGCCGGCGAGGAGAAACAGUGGCCACAAGCGCUCGAUCUACUUAGCAGACAUGGAGCCCGUCUCCCAGCCAGCAGUACCCUCGAUUUGAUGCCGGAUGAUCUUGCUGUCAGAGAACUGCAGGACUACUUCCGAGGGCGCAUUAGGAAUGCCACCUCAAUUUUACGCGAAGACAUGGUGGUUCGUGGUCUGGAGGGCGUCAGGCGCACGAACACUGAAAGGACUUUACUCCUUGGUCCCGAUGGCCUCGCGCACGAGAAGCCUAUGGGCAAAAAUAGACGUGUGAGAAUAGGAGAGGAUGAUCAUUGCAAAGUCUGUCAUAAGAGGUUCGGCGCUAGUGCCGUCAGGGUCUAUCCGGACGGUACUGUGGUGCAUUACGGCUGCAUCAAGCGAAUGGGUGCCAGUGGUGGUGAUGGCACCGGAAGUAUGAGGAGAAGUGUGGCUGGAUGGGGAUAGCGAGCAUGAUGCUCGAGGUCCCCCAAGCAACGACUUCCAUGGCACAUAUUGACCUAUACACCGUGAGAGCUACCUCCUACCGUCAACUUGUUCAAAAUACCAUGCGCGGAAGCAACAGGCGGCAUUGCUCUGCACGACUGAUGCGCCUGCAUAAUAUGCACUCAUCUUGUCGAUGAAUGGAAACCGUUUCCAAUGAACAUUACGUUGCGACAUGCGAUUUACAGCGAACGAGGCCUCGGAAAACUUCGCUGACAAGUCUUGAUGUUGUCAAGAUCAUUUCCUCACGGAAGCUACUAUGGUACUGUGGUCACGCAGGGCCUCCAUCCCAACACCAUGCUCAACGCUCAUGCUCUGUCCGAUAUUGGUUGGUCUUCACAUCCCGUUUAUGGCACUCCUUCCACCCCCUUAAAGCAGGUCAGCAUACUCGACAGUUCCUUUUCGAUCUUUUGCACCAGUAUAUUAUCUGCAUUCGCCACGCCUGGUGUGGUCAUCCAUCUUUCCUCAAGCGGAUUUGCCGGCCUUAUGCGGUCAAUCAAACUUCGCUUGCUCCUCAUGAGCGACUCUACCAAGCUUUUGACACUCUGCCCAUCGUAAUGAAAGUCUGGAAUGUCUGCCGCAUUGAUGCCGUCCGCCGCGCCUCUCGCUGUGUCGGAGCUCAGAACUAAGGAAAUCAUAGCCAAGCUAUGAGCUUCGGAGACAGUGCCAAGUGUGAUUGUCCCAGCGCGAGGGUUUCGUGCCGUAGGUGUUUCGUUGAUCAGUGAAUGUGCUGCGCGGUCAAGCUGACUAGGAAACCCGUUCAAAAAAGCCGCAAUCUCUGCUGCAAUAGCUGGACCAACCGAGUCCAGCAAAUUGAGACAUAACGGCAAAUACCCUUCUGUCCAGAUGACAAACAUGCGUUGAGGUUCGUCAAAAGGCCCUUUGCCGCCGUGCGUUCUGAAGUAGGAGGAUAAAUUGGCUGAUGAUAGCUGGGCGAGAACCCCCUCUAGAGCCAUCUGUUCAGCUAUUGGUCGUACAGUAGACAGUGAGAGGAGGAACAUGAUCGCUAUUUCGCCAUAGAUAGGAUCUUGCGUGUCCUCACUGGAGAGUCUGUCUGCCCAGGAGUAUAGGCUCAAUGCUCCCCGGAUGAUGUUGGAGCCAACCACUACGUCCGACAGGAGCGUCUGGAUCGAGUUGAUGCCUGGCACGGCUAAGAUUGCUUGGAGAAGUGCUGUCAGCAGAGCGAAAUCUGCUGGCAGCGCAAGCUCAACAUUGCCAUGGAGGUUACUGCAGAGUGCCUUGAAGCCUGGUGCUAUCACUUUGCCGACAAUAUUAACAAGGAUGGAUGCCGUUUGGGGCGAAAGUGAAUGCAUCUCUCCGUCUGCUCGAGUCUUGGCAACAUAACUGUGAGGUAGGAUAGUCAGGUACAAGACCUGAAGAAGUUGCCGAUAGUAACGCAGUUCUUCUGGGAGUGUGGCUAUAUCGUAGUCCGCUGGGAACGUUGCGACCAGUGUCCAUGCAGCUGGCAGAAGUCUCUUCAUAGCAUCAUCUUCUGUUUUGAGAGCCACUAACUUGGAGGUGAGCACAAAGGCCAGUUCGAGGCGCAUGUGCAUGGCAUCUGCCAUACCGGGCUGGUCGAGCUGAGGCUCGACACUCGCGACCAAGCACUGCUCUACGACUUUGGCAAGCUCAAGGGGCAGUGAAGGAUCUUGCUCCGCACAGUCGCACAGUGUAGUAGCCAAGGUCUUCCAACUCUUGAGUAACGUAGCUUGUGCAUGUAGAAGGCUCAAGUUAGCGUUGGCUCGACCGAAUUCAUCGGCGAAACCUUGAUCUGCUGUAGCCCCAUCCCAUGCUCUAUUGUGUUGGAAUAUGAUGGUAGCGAUGUCGGUAUCGUAGACGUAGCUUCUGCCGUAAGGAGCCGGAUUGACGGAAGUGCGCAUAAAAUCAGACAGAUCGAUGGCUGGGAAUGAUCUGGCGAGAUUAGUCUCUAGGCUCCUGUGCAGCGACUUGUUCCAUUCGUCCACUCUAGCUCCGCGAUCCCUUAAGAAGUCCAAUUUGGUCACGAGCAGCUUCAACACUGUCCUGUCGCCAAUUUCGAGACCCGCGUGCAAAUUAACGGCAAAAAUAUCGCACAGAUGAGCAGCCAUCUCAUGCUCUCUCGCGCUAGUGAUGGAUGCAUCGGGAGUUGGAUUUCUUGGCGGUCCGCGGAGUGAGCCCAACCAAGACAUUGUGUUUGUGAGAAAGUCUGUGUGUGACCUCACUUCGUUCGUGGCCCAUGCCCAGGUCUGCUGAGCGAUCGCAACGAAUCUCAACAUACCGAUCGCACGUUGCGGUUGCAGGUCUUCAAUGGACGCAAGCUGACUCAACACAUGAGCAAGGAUUGGCUUGCCCUUGAUCUCUUCUUCAUGGCAGCGGUGAGCUCGACUCUUCGGUAAUCUGCCAGUGAGAAGAUAAAUGGCAAACCAUUGUUGCCUGCUGUCCAUGACAACGGCGAGGAAGUCCCACGCAUUGCGUUCGACCUGCAAUUCACAGAGCGGCCGAUCUAGUUGUGUCACAACCUGAAGGAAAGCUUGUGCCGCAUCUGUAUCGAAUUGCGCAAGUAUGGAUGGUGGAUCUUCAUCGCCAGCACCGACGGCACUCACCAGCUCUUCAAACAAGGUAAAGAGGUCAGCUUUGAUGGCAUGUUCGGUCGCAAGCAAAGACGCGAGGGCAGGCAUAUUCUGCAGAAUGCUACUUGCAAGCCUGUAGGAACGGUGCUUCACAACCUUGUGCCACUCUGCCGGGGCCUCAGUCUGACCCAAAAGGUCAUUUCCGUGCUUUGCAACCCGAAGAAGUAUGACGAGAAAGCCGAAGACAGCGCGCGCCUGCUCAAUGAGCAAUUGUCGUAUUUGAACCGGAGUGGCGUCGUCUGCAAUUGGCAAAGUUUCCUGCAAAAUCCUACGGAGUGUACUGGCCAUUGGAUUGCUUCCCGUUUUGGAGGCACAUGUAUCGACAAUAGAGUUGGCAGCAGGUGCAAUGACGAAGGUGAGUCGUCGAGAAACAGCUUUCGCCACAUUGAGGCCGUACGUGCUUCGUAGCAUGUCGGAGAAACUUUUCAGCAGAGUCACUGUGAGGCGGCACCGCUGUGAGAGGUCUUCCCAUUUCCAGUCCGAGAAGCUUUGAUAGGCAUCGAGUAGAACUUUCUGGUAAGCGUUGAGCACAACGCUCAUGGUCCGAGCUGGCGUUGCAUCUAGCGAGUCCUGCUUGGUUUUCAGACUGAAGCGGGUAGUUUUGACUACCUCACUCGUUCUAGCAUUGCGUUUGGCCAGACCGGCGAGUGCAUCUUGAAGCAGAAGCGACUGCAUCUCGACACAUGCUUGCAGGAAGCGAUACUGGCCCAGCUGCACUUCCGAGCCAUUCACGACCGCCACUAACGAGAUCGCACCGGUUGCAAGUCCAAGCAAACUGCUUUUAGCGACUAUUGACCAAACCCGUUCCGGCGAGAUUCUGAUUAUGAUGUUGAGGAAUUCUGCAGCAGCAGCGACGACUGGUAGAGAGCCGUCUUCCGCAACCUGUUCAAUAUGGGCCAGGAGCUCACUCUCAAAUAGGUCGGCAAUGAUGGAUAUAAUGUCGUGGCUGUUGCCCAAGCCGGCAUCAAAUUUCGCCAUCAGCUCGCGAGCUGUUGUAGCGCCAUCUGAUUGGUCCAGGCACGCGGCCAGCAACGAUGUGAAGAGAGCGAUGAUCUCCGCAGCAGCAUACAGGUCCAAUGUCGCUUGCUCUGCAGCGCAUGACACCUGGCUACCUUUAGUGAACGUGAAAAGCAGCGCACUGAGGUAUUCAAGCCCAGAGCUAUCGUGAUUCAGCAUGAACACCAUGGGUCGCUUCUCCCUAAUAAUGUUGCCUGUAGUCUCCGCAGGUACGUAUUGCUCAGGCGUUUCGGCGUCUGUACUGUCUUGCAUAAGAAGCAAUUGCUGAACGCCCGCAGCAGCGUCGCGCCGAGUGAUAAUGGGCAGUGCUUCAAGCAGUCGCAUAGCAUUGUUGUCGUCCACUUCGUCGAUGAGCUCAUACGAUCUGAACUCUGCGGGCACUUGCAGCGUGAAUGUCCGCAGUCGAUGCAAAAUGCCUGCGAUUCCUUCGGGCUCCUGCGCAUCUCCUUGCGCGUUGGCCAACAACGUGCCCAGUCUCACCAAUGGUGAAAGCUCGUAGGGGAAUCUUGCUAACGCUUGGUCCAGGAAAGCCGGUCUGAGUAGGGCAUAAUCUGCCAACAGUUUCUUUGCAAGCACAGUCGUCUGCUGCUUGGAGACGGGGCAGUGCUCUGCUGGCGUCAACAGCGACAGCACCGCCUCAAAGACUUCUUCAUCAUACUGCACAAACGACAACGACUCUCGGGUCAAAUCAAACAAGGCCUCUUUACAAAAUAAUGCUGUACUGGCUUCGGCAUCUGAGCUGUACGUCGUAGUGAUGACUGUAGCCAGAGUGGCAAUCAGACGGAAGACCCGUAAAUGAUCCACAGAUCUCAACAGGAAAUUUCGUGGCAGGUCGUCCCUGACAUCGCCGUCCAGUUCCGAGCUUUGCAGCUUAAAGUAGAGUUUCUCAAACCUGGAAAGUGGCUCGUUGCGCGAUCCACGUCUCGAAGCACGACGAGCCAGUCCCUCCACUGUGUCGUCGGGGCCAUGCUCGUUGCGGAAUUCGCGCUGAUCUCGGUGUGAUAAUGCAAUGUCCCUUAUGACCGAAGUGAUGAUGCUCCAGGCCAGGAUAGCCGGAGCAGCAAUGUUGUUUCCACGAAGACUAACUCUGUGUAAGAUGAGAUUCAAUGAUCUGAGACUCUCCUCGUCGUUGAGGUAGUGGCUUCCUGUCAAGGUAGGAGUGUCCACGUCUGCGGCCUGCAUGAUCUCACCAAUUGCAAGCUGUAACUUCAUCAUCUCCACGGACACGAUCGAUAGCAGAAGUCGGGGCACAUCGAGAUCCAGCGGCAGAAGGUGCUUAUUUCCUUGCAAGAAGAAGUGUUUUUCCAUUAACGCGAACCAGCUGAGGAGCGCCGAAGCGCUAGGAAUACCAUCAUACUGGUACAGAGCAGCGAGCAAGAGCCGAAGGGUGUGCGUCAGUUCAUAGCGAAGCGAGUCGACAUAGCCGGGUGCCUUGGUAUCGUCCGCGAAGACCUUGGGCCACGAGGUGGAGGCAUCCCCGCGUUCCAGCACGGAGUCCAACUUCGAGAUACAUUUGGCGAUGAAGGCUUCAGCCUCAUUCCUGCCGUUCUUUGGGCACAUGGUAUCCGUGACCUUUGCUGCGAUCUGAUCAAUCCACGAAGCCGCGGCCGGCUGCUCUCGAACGAUGCUUUUGCUCACAGCACAUCGACUCAUCAAAUCUGCGCUCAGGCGCAGCAUAUGAUUGCUCUCGCUCAGGUACACAAGCAACAGCCUAUGUCUCCGUACUUGCUGGUCUGCGAAUGUAAGAGCUGGUCGUGCAGGUCCAUUGCUAGCAGUAGAAGCUGGCAUUGCUAUGACUUCCUCGAGCACACUCGUACCAUUGCAAGCCGCGUUCAUCAGCUGAUCUGCCGGUCUCUCCUGACACUCAAUCAUUGCAAUGCGCAAAGCAGCCAAUUCUUCCACGUGCAGCUCUCGCGACAGCCACUUGGCGUCUUCCUUG